GGCCGCGCUGUACACCGGGAGGUGGGCAUGGCUGCGCCGGCGGCGGCCGUGGGGCCCUCGGCGCUGGGCCCGAGCGGCCCCGGCUCGCUGGCCGCCUGGAGCGCUGUGAGCGGCGGCCCGUCGCGCUACGUGCUGGGCAUGCAGGAGCUGUUCCGCGGCCACAGCAAGACGCGCGAGUUCCCCGCACACAGCGCCAAGGUGCACUCGGUGGCCUGGAGCUGCGACGGCCGCCGCCUGGCCUCGGGCUCCUUCGACAAGACGGCCAGCGUCUUCCUGCUGGAGAAGGACCGGCUGGUCAAAGAGAACAACUACAGGGGCCAUGGCGACAGCGUGGACCAGCUCUGCUGGCAUCCCAGCAAUCCUGACCUGUUCGUCACUGCCUCUGGGGAUAAAACCAUUCGCAUUUGGGAUGUGAGAACUACAAAGUGCAUCGCCACCGUGAACACCAAAGGGGAAAACAUUAACAUCUGCUGGAGUCCUGAUGGGCAGACCAUCGCCGUGGGCAACAAGGACGACGUGGUCACCUUCAUUGAUGCCAAGACGCACCGCUCCAAAGCAGAGGAGCAGUUCAAGUUCGAGGUGAAUGAGAUCUCCUGGAACAACGACAACAAUAUGUUCUUCCUGACCAACGGCAACGGCUGUAUCAACAUCCUCAGCUACCCAGAGCUGAAGCCGGUGCAGUCCAUCAAUGCCCACCCCUCCAACUGCAUCUGCAUCAAGUUUGACCCCACGGGCCGGUACUUCGCCACAGGUAGCGCUGAUGCCCUGGUCAGCCUCUGGGACGUGGACGAGUUGGUGUGCGUGCGCUGCUUCUCCAGGCUGGAUUGGCCGGUGAGGACUCUGAGCUUCAGCCAUGAUGGGAAGAUGCUGGCGUCGGCAUCCGAGGACCAUUUCAUCGACAUAGCUGAGGUGGAGACAGGGGACAAGCUGUGGGAGGUACAGUGCGAGUCCCCGACCUUCACCGUGGCCUGGCACCCCAAAAGGCCCCUGCUGGCCUUCGCCUGCGACGACAAGGAUGGCAAGUACGACAGCAGCCGGGAAGCCGGCACGGUGAAGCUGUUCGGGCUUCCCAACGACUCCUGAGGCCCGGCCGGCCCCGCCAGGCACCCGAGUGUGCAGCUUGGUCGGUGUCGGGCUGUCGGGGAGCCCGGGCUGCCUUGCGGUGGGUGCUGGAAGCCAGUACCCCCGGGACCCCCAGGACCCCAGGUGCGCUGGGCAGGCGCCAUACCCUGACCACUGACCGAGCUGCAUCCCCACAGCUUCCCGUCUUCCUUCCCCGCCCCGGGGGGCGCUGCCCCACUCCCGGUGGUCCCGGCACUGUGGGUGUCGUGCCUCCUCCGGGUUUUACAUGUGGUAGACUUCAUUGAGGCUUGUGCUGUAUCAGCUUGUGGGGCGCCGGGAUGGAGGGUUGUUAUUAUUUUUUUUUAAUCUCAAGUAAUUUAAAAAAGAUUUAUAAUUUUGAACAUUUAAUAAAACUAGCUUUUUUACUAUGAGACU